GUUUUACCAUGUGACUGACGAAAGACAGGCUCCUACAUCACAACCUGGCCUCAACUGUUUCUCAUUCUUAAUCUCUACAUUUUCUCUUCAGAUUAAGUCUUUAGUUGGAUCUUAGCGACUUUAUCAUGCCUGCUUAUCAGGGAACGACAGCCCGUUUGAGGCGCACAUUUCACUAUCCGGAGGAAGACUCUACAGACUCACAGCCUGAAGCUUUGGAUGAACAAGAACAACAAGACUACAUCAAUCAGCUUGCAGCGGAAAAUGCCGCUCGAGAUGUUCAGUUUCGCCGCUUCCUCCUCGCCAUACCCCUCCUGGCAACCAUCCCCUAUCUUCCCGCCCUCAUAAACCCCCCUACAGCACUUCUCGCUCUUCUAAGCCUAACCUCUCUCUUCUCUACGGCAUAUCUUCUUCAUCACCAACCACCAGCAUCAUCAGGAAUCCCAUUCCUUGAUAGCUGGGCAAAGCCCAAAACUCCACGACCCACUCGCCCACCAUCAUUAUCAACAAGAGAGUCUUCAGGCGUGUUUGACGAUGAUGAUGAUGACGAGGUAGACGAUGUGCCGUAUGUACCUCGUGGGAGGCCACGACAACGCAGGAGUUCGUUCAGUUAUGUCGAAAGAAGGUCGCCUCUCGAAACUUAUCUGCCCUAUCUAAAUUUGGGUCUCGGCCUAGUUUUGAUUUUGAUGGCCUGGGCAAUAGGCAGAACAAAAAGUGAAGCCGUGUGGCCCGGAAUGGGAUACUUGCCCUUGGUGGUCUAUGGUAUUAUUCUGGUGUCAAAGAUGGUCAUGGGCAGUGUUGACCCCGAGAAGGAGUUGUCGUCGCUCAAGUAUGACUACAAAGGUGCCUAAUCAUAAUAAUUAAGCAUUUAGUUAAGUAGGUAUAACAAGUGCAAAUACACAGUGAUAAAUAGUUCUAUCCGAUCAACGCAUGUCUUCAAAUCCCCCUUUUUCUAUCCGUCCCGGCCAUUUCAGUCGUCAUUUGGGCAUUUCUCAUUACAGCCAUCUACAUGUCUAUCGAAUCAUUGAAACGCAAAAUACCAUGACUUUUCAGAACUCCAUCGACACCCUUGGGUGGUCGAGGGAAAGGAUCAGUCAUAGGGCUCGCAUCCGGUGAGUCCGAUGACUUGUCUGUCACCAAAGCCAGCCCAUGAGACUUGAUAGCAUCCACCAGUGCGGGUACCAUAUCC